AUGUCAAAAUUUAGCAUUUCUGAGCUUUGUCCUGACCUUGUGACCGAUAGGUCAGCAUGCUCAACAUGUAUGUUAUACCUUGAUGCUUUUACUAUAGAAGUAAAAAAUGGAAGAGAGGAAGAGUGCAUUGAUGAAACAACUGAAGAAAAUGUGUCUGAUGUCAGCUUGGACAGUAAAAAAUCAGACGAAACUGGUAAGCCACCAUUCAGUUACAAUGCUUUAAUAAUGAUGGCAAUUAGAAGCAGUAAGGAAAGAAGAUUGACUCUCAGUGGAAUUUACGAUUAUAUUAUGAAAAAUUAUCCCUUUUAUCGAGAUAAUAAACAAGGAUGGCAAAAUUCGAUUAGGCAUAAUCUAUCGCUUAACAAAUGUUUCGUUAAGGUACCACGAAGUUAUGAUGACCCUGGAAAAGGUAAUUAUUGGAUGUUAGAUGCUUCUUGUGAAGAUGAAGUAUUUAUUGGUGGUUCAACGGGUAAACUACGAAGGCGACCGUCAGCAACAGCAAAAGCUCGCCUUGACGCAUUUAAGCAAUAUGGUAGCGUAGCCGCAUCAUUUUACAACCCUUAUUUUCAACAAACUUCACGAAUAUUACCAUUCCUUGCUUCUUCGGCAUACUCAUCAUUGCCAGUAAAUGUCCCUCGAACUACUCCAAGUAUUUUACUCUCAGAUCCGCAGUUUUUUGCUGCUGCUGCCGCUGCUGCUACUGCUACUGCUACUUCCAUUACUGCUUCAGCAACAAUUGAAACACAAGUGCCGCAGCAGUUUGUAACAGCACCACCCGCUGUUGCACCAAUACCAUCAUCAUCUCAGACAGCAACAACUACUACUUCAACAUUAUCUGCGAUAACCCCAAAUCCUCUUCAUUUUCCAUAUGUAUCAAACAGCGAACUGAUGCGUUGGUGUAUUGCUCAAAGACAUCAACCUAGGCAUGAAAUUAACGAAAUAGAGAGCAAAGUUUUAUUAUAA